AUGGCCCCCGAAAAGCAUGUCGCCACCACCGCCCGGACAGCAGCCGCCGCCGGGCCCCUAGAAGCCGGAGCGGGCGCCGAUGUCGAGGCUCCCGCGCCGGCCGACGGCCACCCGCCCCGUGCCGGCGACGACGAUGCCCUUGCGAUGGUCGGCACACAUACUCAAGACUUUGACCCCGCCGUCGCCGCCCGCGCGGUGCGCAAAAUUGACUGGUUCCUCAUCCCCGCCAUGAUCUUCGGAUACGGACUCGUGUACUACGACAAAGCCAUCCUCGGCUCAGCAGUCCUCUUCGGCAUGACCUCCGACCUCCACCUCUCCGUCCCAAUCCCCACCGGCGGCGUCGACACAUCCCGCCUCUCAUGGGCCACCUCCCUCUUCUACUUCGGCAUGCUCGCCGGUCUCUACCCCAUGACCUACGCCCUCCAGCGUUUCGACAUCGGCCGCAUCCUCGGCGCCGUCGUCAUCUUCUGGUCCGGCAUCUGCAUGCUCACCGCCGCCGUGACCUCGCACCAUGGCCUCUACGCCCAGCGCUUCUUUCUCGGCUUCGUCGAGUCCAUCAUCCCCACCGGCUUCAUGUGCAUCAUCUCCGGCUACUACACCCAGCAGGAGCAGUCCCUCCGCCAGAGCUGGUGGUUCUCCUCCACCGGCCUCUUCACCAUCGUCGGCGGCGCCCUCAACUACGCCUUCGCCCAGAUCCGCGCCGGCGACCUGCGCCCCUGGCAGUACAUCUACCUCCUCGCAGGCUGCCUGACCUUCCUCUUCGGCGUCUUCUGCUUCGCCCUGCCCAACUCCCCCGUCUCCGCGUGGUUCCUCACCGCAGACGAGCGCUUCGCCGCUGUUGAGCGCCUGCGCUACGGUCAGACCGGCGUCCGCUGCACAAAGUUCAAGCCCGCCCAGCUCCGCGAGGCCCUCGGCGACAUGAAGGUCUACCUCGUCGCGCUGAUGAUGGCCUCCGCCUACACCAUGAACGGCGCCGUCUCCGGCUUCGGCCCGCUCAUCGUGUCCACCUUCGGCUGGACCUCCCUCGAGUCGAUCCUGUUCCAGUUCCCCCUCGGCGGGCUGUGCUUCCUCAUCAUUCUGGCAACGGGCUACCUCGGCACCCGCGUCCCGAACAUCCGCAUCCUCAUGCUCGUGGUGUGCUGCCUCCCCGUCAUCGCAGGCUGCGCGCUCAUCUGGAAGUCCGCGUGGACGCGCCACGCCGCGGCGCCCGUGGUGGGGUACUCGCUGACGGGCUUCUUCGGCGGCGUGGUGAGCCUCAUCAUCACGCUCGGCAUGUCGAAUGUGGCCGGGCACACUAAGAAGAGCUUCAUGGCGGCGACCAUCUUCGUGGCGUACUGCGUGGGCAACAUCGUCGGACCGCAGCUGGUCAAGUCGCAGAGCAAGGCGGCGCACUACCCCGAGCUCUGGCUGGGUCUGAUUAUCUGCUACGUCAUCUGCAUCCUGGCCUCGGGGGCGCUGUAUUAUGUUCUCUGGAGCGAGAAUAAGAAGCGCGAUGCGUUGCCGGUUGAUGGAGAGGAGAGGGCGAAGCUUGCGUUCCAGGAUUUGACGGACAAGGAGAACCCGUACUUCCGCUAUGUUUACUGA